AUGGCACGGCAGCAUCCACGGAAGCAGGAGCGACGGCUGGAGUUCUUUUUAAUCUCAUUUGCACUACUAUCCUGCCUUCCUGGCCGUCAUUGUUCUCGGCGCAUCCCCCCCACUUCUCCCCCCUUCCCCUGCUGCCACGUGUCCUGCCAGCUGCCAGUGACACGAGUUGUCUUCCCGCCGUCCCUCACGCCCAAGCAACGCGCCGCAUUGCAUGAUCUCGCGGACACGCAUGGGUGGCAACACGAGAGCCGGGACAUGCCGGGUGGCUCGCAUCGGCAGCUAGUGCUGUGGCGGGAAGGUGGGGAGUCUGAGGGGGAAGGCAGGACGCUGCAUGUAGGAGCGGAUGAUGGGCGGCAACAGGAGCAGCAGCAGCAGCCAAUGGGAGCGCGCCAGCUGGGAGACGCUCUGAAGCAGCAUUUGGGGUGGGAUGUGCCUGCUGACGCGCUUGGGGGGGACGACAGGGGCGGAAGCGGCACUGAGGGCAAGGGGGCGGGGGGAAGAGGAGGCGGAAAAGGGGGAGCAGGAGGGGGGAAGGGGGGUGCAGGCAUGGGGUAUGGGGCGGCGGGGGUGGGGAGGGCGCGUGGGGGCGUGGCGGCAGACGUGAGUGACUGCAGCGACGUGCAUGAGUUCGUGAAGAGAAUGAGGCCUCUGCUGGACCUCGAGAAGGACGCCGAAGUGGCACUCGCAGAAGAGGCCGCGUCCACACGAUCACUGGCAUCAGCGCAGGCCAAGGGGCGGGUGCUGUGCCACCUGCGGUGCAGCGAGGCCACAGCAGGCCUCAUGGGCAAGACGCUCCUCACCCUCGUCUCCAACAAGACCGGGAAAGUUGCAAGCAAGGGAGGAGGUGCAGCAGCUGCCGGGGCAGAUGCCGGACCUGCAGGCUCGGGUUCGCGGGCGUCUGGGCCGGUGCUGGCGCCGCACAAGUUCACGCCGCACGACGUGGUGGCGAUACGGGCGAACAAGGCGGAGGGCGCGCAGGCGGCGAUAGCGCAGGGGGUAGUGUACCGCGUGAGGGAGGAUGCGGUGGUGGUGGCCGUGGAUGAUGUGCCCGAUGGGGACGGGCUGGACGCCCCUGUGCGGAUUGAGAAGCUUGCGAACGAUGUCACGUACAAGCGCAUGCGCGAUACCCUGGGGGCGCUCAGCAGGACGGGGGAUGUGGGAGUGAGCACGGUUGGGAGGCCUGGGGCGGCGCUUAUACCGGUUCUCUUUGGUCAGUCUGAGCCUCGCCUGGCCAAGGCCCCGCCGCCCUUCACGCCAAUCAACCGUGCUCUGGACGAGUCACAGAAGGCAGCUGUUGCCAAGAGCCUGUCCGCGCACCACGUGGCACUCAUCCACGGGCCGCCGGGCACGGGCAAAACGACCACUGUGGUGGAGGUGGUGGUGCAGGAGGUGAAGCGAGGCAGCAAGGUGCUGGUGUGUGCGGCGUCCAACAUUGCAGUGGACAACCUUGUUGAAAGACUCGUGCCACACAAGCUGGUGCGGGCAGUGAGAGUGGGGCAUCCCGCACGACUGCUGCCAUCCAUCCUCAACUCCUCCCUUGAUGCCCUGGUGCAGCAGUCGGACAACAGCGCGCUGGCCAAGGACGUGCGCAAGGAGAUGCAGCAGCUGUCAGGGAAGCUGCUUAAAACGAGGAUAAGGCGGGAGAGGGGCGAGAUUCAGAGGGACCUGCGGCGGCUGGGCAAGGAGGAGCGGCAGCGGCAGCAGCGCGCCGUGGAGGAUGUGCUCAAGGACUCCAAUGUUGUGCUCACCACUCUCACUGGCUGCCUGUCCCGACACCUCGAGCCCCUGACAUUCGACCUGGUGGUGAUAGACGAGGCAGCACAGGCCUUGGAGGUGUCGUGCUGGGCGGCGGUGCUCAAGGCCCCGCGCUGCAUCCUGUCAGGAGACCACCUGCAGCUGCCACCCACUGUGCAGUGCGAUGAGGCUCAGAAGCGCGGCCUCGGAGUCACCCUCUUCGAGCGCCUGCACCGCCUCUACGGGGACCGCAUCACAUCCAUGCUCACCGUUCAGUACCGCAUGCACCAGGACAUCAUGUGCUGGGCGUCUGAUGAGCUGUACCAGUCGCUGCUCUCCGCGCAUGAUGCAGUGGCCAGGCACGGGCUUCCGGACCUGCCGGGGGUGGUUGCCGGGCCUGUGACGGAGGCUCGGCUGGUGCUGGUGGAUACGACGGGGUGUGAUGAUGUGGAGGAGCAACGGGAGGAGGAGGGGGAUAGUUUGCGGAAUGAGGGGGAGGCGAGGGUGGUGGUGGCGCAUGUGAAGAGGUUGCUGGAGGCUGGGGUGGAUGCGGGGGACAUAGGGAUUGUCACGCCUUACAGUGCACAGGUGGGCUUACUCAAGUCAUUCAGAGAGGAUUCUCGGCAGCUGGCUCGAGUGGAGAUCAGCACGGUUGAUGGGUUUCAGGGGAGAGAGAAGGAGGCCAUUAUCAUCUCCAUGGUCCGCUCCAAUGACACUGGAGAGGUUGGCUUCUUGGCGGAUGAGCGGCGAAUGAAUGUCGCUGUCACAAGAGCUCGCCGACAGUGCUGCAUUGUGUGGCCUUCUUUGAUUCACGUGCAUCUGACAACAGUGAUGGCUGAUUCUCCAGGACAGUCGGUAUUUCUUGCGUCCUAUACUCCGUGGGACGCUGGUAAUUACAGCAUGGAAUUCCGUGUCGAUGGCUCCAAUCUGAACUACACCAAAGAUUGGAACCGUUUAGGACAACACGUAUUUGCAAGAAUACCUGUUUCGGUUCUUAAAGGAAGCCAGCCACGUGAUUGGCUGGAGGAACCUCAACUCGAUGAAGCCAAUAUGGAUCUCUCAUCGGUCACGAGUCCAUGUGCACAUGGGAUUGCUGGUCGGUGGCUUGCAGGCACUGAUGGCACGAGUCAAAAUGGCUUGACCGAUCGAAACACAGCAACUGCUACCACAAAUAAGUACAGGUGGUCAUUCUUCAGCUGCGCUCGUGCUGCUCCGUUGAAUGACAUGCUUUGGUCAUUGUGGAAGGAUGGAGGAGUACGGGAGGUGAAUGUGAUUGGAGACUCACACAUGAGAGGAUUAAUCAUGCACCUCUGGUUCAUGCACACUGGCACGAGGCAUAAUAUGACCCUGGUGAGGCAUGGUGACGUCUCUUACACCCUCAACGUCACUGCUCCAGCAGCAGCAGGGGAUGUUUCAGCUGGUGGAGAAUUGGUGAAGGAAGGCAAUAUUCUUGUAAAAUACAACUGGCUGGAUGGCAUAUACGACAACAAUGUGGCAGGAUGCUCUCGCAGGGAAGGGGCGAACGAUGAGGAAAAGGAGGAGGAGGAGGAGGAGGAGGAGGAGGAGGAGGAGGAGGAGGAGGAGGAGGAGGAGGAGGAGGAGGAGGAGGAGGAGGAGGAGGAGGAGGAGGAGGAGGAGGAGGAGGAGGAGGAGGAGGAGGAGGAGGAGGAGGAGGAGGAGGAGGAGGAGGAGGAGGAGGAGGAGGAGGAGGAAGAGGAAGAGGGGGAAAUGGGGAGUCCUGAGGCGGUGAUGGGACUGGAGCAGCAGGAGCAGCAGGAGCGGCAGGGCCCCCCUGGUGACGUGGCAGGGCUCGCAGAGGGGAAGGAUCGGAGGCCCGUGGACGAACGAAUGUCGGUGCAGGCAUGUGGUGGUGCCGCAGAGACGGCAGAGGCGGCAGUGGCUGGUCGUGGAUGCAGGGAGGCGGGACGAGGGCAGGAGAGGAGAGAGGAGGGGAUGAGGGAGUGGAGAGAAGGCGAGGGAUAUGAGAGGGCUGAGGAGAGCAGGCGGCGAGAGAGCGAGCAGGAGGGUGCGUUGGAGGGGGGGCAACGGAGAGGAGAGGGUGGGGCGGGGGUGAGUGGCGUGACGGGGGUGAGUAGCCUGGGGCGAGCGCGCUCGUGCUCGCCUAUGGGACGCGGGGGAGUGGUGGUGCGAGAGAUGGGCGGGACUGGGGAGAUUGAUGUGCGCAAGAGCCCUGUGCGGGCGAGGGAGGUAGACGAGUGGGUGGCCAGCUGCCUGCAGGCCGCCCUGGACCCUCUCUCUGCUGCUGCUCACCCUGCUGCUCACUCUGGGGGAACGGCAGGGGGUACUGGCAGUGACAGGGAUCGCGACGGCAAUGGGGAUGAUGGGUGUGGAGGCAACAGCAACGGAGAUGAGGAUUUCAACGACCCGGACGAGUUCUUCUCUGUCGCUGGUCCGUGCUCGUGCUCCCUCUCCCCUCUGCUCCCUCUCCCCUCUGCUCCCUCUCCCCUCUGCUCCCUCUCCCCUCUGCUCCCUCUCCCCCUUGCUCCUCCUCCCCCUUGCUUUCUCUCUUGCUCCUUCUCCUCUUUUGCUCCCCCGCUCUUACACCCUCUACCUGCUCUCACUCGGUCCUUCAGCUCCAUGCGCUCCUUUUCCCGCUCCCCUCGCUCCAUUCCCCCUGCCCCUUCUCCUCGCUCCAUGCCUGCUCCUCGCUCCCCCAAACCGCACACACCCUCUCGCCCUCGCACACCCUCCCGCUCACAGCCCCACACCCAGUUCCCCAUUCAACGCCCGCAAGCUGAAAAGUCCACUGCUGCAGCUGCACCUGUUACUGCUGUUGCAGAGCCAGUAAGGCAGAGCGACGUGGUAAGAAGCACUUGCACAGCUGAUCUUAACGCUGCUGACACCGCCACUGCUGCUAACACCAGUGCUGCUACUGACAGUGUUGCUGCUACUGACACCUCUACUGCUGCUAGUAAUGCCAUUGGCAUGACCAGUGCCGUUAAUGCAGCCUCUCAUAUUGACCCACGCGGUGCCGGCACGCUGAAGAAAUGGAAGUCUCUGCAGCCGCACUCUGGCACUCUCGCUGCCCUGCUGCAAGCCAUGGCGGGCACCGAUGCCGAAUCUCUCUCCGCACCGGACCGCGGUCGUUCCAGCGGCAGCAUGAGGCUGCCUCCUCUCGACGCCCCUGCAGCUGCCGGUGCUGCCAGUGGGGGCAUGGCCAUGGGGGCCAUGGGGGGUGUGGACCGGCCUGGAGUGGGUGGAGGGUCUCUCCUGGAGCGCACGUCGGGGGCGUCUGGCAGCGGUGGCGCGCUCUUCUCCAAGCUCUUCCGCACCUCCUCUGCUCUCAACCCCAGCGAGUCCGUGAAGCGUCUGCUGAUGUGGCCGCGGGCGGGCUCUCAGCUGUUCUGCUGCUCCCCCUCCGCCCGCGCUGCCACCAACUGCUGGUCUCCCGCUGACCCCUCCCUGCUGCUCGUGCGCGGCCCCACCUACGCCAGUGAUGGAGCCAAGGUCGCACCUGCCGCACCCCCCAUCUACGAGCCCUGGGCGGCAGACGUGUUCCACACGUCCAGGAAGAUCCGCCACAUCGCCGCCCACGUGGACCUCCCAGCCGCUCUCGUGCCGCCACCUGGCAGCGAGCCGGCAGCGCAGAGCAGCAACGGACUGCCACCCGUGCUGAUCGUCAAUAUCCAGCUGCCUCUGCAGCCGCCCCCGGCGCUGCUCUCGCUGCACCAGCGGGCGUGGGACGGGCCGGGUCUGAGUGUGGUGCUGUACUGCCGCCUGGGAGCACACUGGCGCACCCAGGCAGUUGCUCCUGCACAGAUGGAGCCUGUGCUGCGCACGGGUGGUCCCAGGCAAGGCGAGGGGAUGCAAGGAGGAGCUCCUGAAGAGAGGGCGAUAGAGCAUCCCGUGAAGCGCGUGGAGCAGCAGCAAGCGGCAACGGGAGCGAGGGCAGUGGGGGAGCAUGGGGGGAAGGAGCAUGUUAGGAGGGAGCACGGGGGGAAGUCGGAACGGUGGUCAAGGUCCGGGGGAGAAGAUGGGGAAAGGGAGGGUGGGGUGGAGAAGGUGGUUUGGGAUCGGCCGAAGCUGAUGGUGAGGCUGGUGAACGAGGGGGAGGUAGCGCUGAGUGCGGCGGGCAAGAAGCUGGUGGAGGGGUGCUGUGGUAGGGCCGUGCUCACUCGCCCUUACCACACCGUGCUGCAGUCCACCACCCAGCCCUACAUGGAGUUGGACAUAGACGCGCAUGCCUUCCCGCCUGCCCACCAGAAGGCGCUGCUCUCCCUGCGCCCCCACCUGCCAGACGCCAUCCUUGACCUUGCCCUCGUGCUGCACGGUAAUUCACCCCAGGAAUUUCCGGAGCCUGUGCUGACAUCGCCGCGAGUCCCGAGUUUCAAGGUCGAGGCGCAGGCGCAGCAGGUGGGGGAGCGCGUGGGCGGCGCGAGGGCGCCACGUGGCGAGAACGUGGCGGGCGACUUCUACGUGGACCACACGUGCAUCAAUUGCGACACGUGCCGGUGGAUGGCGCCCGAAGUGUUCGCCAAGGUCGGGUCGAAAUCCGCCGUGUUCGCACAGCCCGGCGACGAGGCGACUACCGUCAAGGCGCUGCAGGCGCUGCUGUCGUGCCCGACGGCCUCCAUCCACUCGCGCGAGUCGCUAUCGCUCGUGCCGCGCGCGCGCGACGCGUUCCCGCUGCCCAUCGACGCCUCCGCGCUGCCCGGCGUGUUCCACUGCGGCUACCACUCGCGCAAGUCCUUCGGCGCCACCUCCUACUUCAUCCAGCGCGCGGCGGGGAACGUGAUGGUGGACUGCCCGCGCUACUCGGAGCACCUGGCGGAGGCGCUCGCGCGCAUGGGCGGCGUGCGCUACAUCGUGCUCUCGCACCGCGACGACGUGGCGGACCACGCGCGGUGGGCGGCGCGGUUCAAGGCGGAGCGUGUCCUCCACGCGCUCGAGGUGCAGCCCGACACGACAGACGUCGAAAUGCUAUUGGACGGCACGGGGCCGUGGUGCCUGGGGUCCGACCUUAAAAUCAUCUUCACUCCCGGCCACACCGAGGGCUCCGUGAGCCUGCUGUAUAAGGCGCACGAGGGAGCGCUCUUUUCAGGCGACCACCUUGCGUACGCUCCAACUACGGAAAGCCUUACUAUAUUUAGACGCGUCAACUGGUACUCGGUGCCAGUCCAGAUUCAGAGCGCCAAGAAGCUGGUGGGACUGCCCUUCCGCUGGGUGCUGCCAGGUGAGGCGCGGUGCUGCCAGGUGAACGUGUGUUAUGGAUUUGCAUCAGUUUUUGCAGCAGAGCCCCCUGCCCCCCUGCCCUUUGCCCCACUGCCCCCCUGCCCCACUGCUCGCCUGGCCCCUUGCCUCCGUGCCCCCCUGCCCUCCUGCUUCAAUCGCCAUCGCCCCUCUACUCCCCUGCCUCGCCCCUCUCCUCCCCUUCCUGCCCGUGUCCCCUCUCAUCCCUGCGUGUGUCCCCCAGGCCACGGGCGGCGGUUCCACUUUGCAAGUGACGAGCAGAGGGAUGCGAUGUUGCAACAGGUGGUGGCGGGGGAGGAGGCGCUGCUGCUGCGCGGCCAGUAG